AUGAACAGCUCUGUGUCUACAGUCCCCAUUACCUUUACAAUCUAUAGCUCUCUAGGUCUGUACAACUUUGCACUGGUCAUUUGUAUCUUUGUCCUCUACGUUUCAGGUGUGUGUAUUAACCUUUUCCUUGUUGUGGUUAUUUGCAUGGAGCCUCGCCUUCACAGACCGAUGUACGUUCUGUUAGUGAACCUGGCUCUGAGCGGGGUGAUGGGCAGCUCCUCUGUGUGUCCGAACAUCAUCAAACACCUCAUAGCGAACAGACAGGAAACUUCUCUGGAAGGCUGCUUAGCACAGGUGUUUUUCACCAACGUGUACGGCGGCUGCAUCUUCUGUAUCUUAGCGCUGAUGGCCUACGAUCGUUACGUUUCCAUCUGUAAACCUCUGCUGUAUCACUCCAUCAUGACGCCGGCUAAAGUCAAACUGAUGCUGAUGGGGGUUUACUUCGUCCUCAGCUCCUCCUCGGCCGUCCAGGUGUAUCUGACGUCCAGACUCAGACUGUGCAGACACACGGUCGACAAGCUUUUAUGCGACAGUCUGGUGAUUGCAAACCUUUCUUGUACAAAGACAACUCUGAUCAGCGUGUACGGUUUGUGCUGUGCUAUCUGUGCCAUCAUUUUCCCUUGUUUUCUAGUCAUUCUGUCAUACGUUCACAUUUUCAUUGUGGUCCUGAAAACCUCGAAGGAGUCGCAGAGGAAAGCGCUGCAGACGUGCACCCCUCACUUAGUGACCUUUAUUAAUUUCUCCGUGGCGUCCUUCUUUGGUGUCAUCUAUAACCGCCUGAGUUAUGAAGUUCCAAAGGCAGUGAAUGUUUUGACGUGUAUAAAUUUUUUUGUCAUCCCUCCUCUGCUCCAUCCCAUAAUUUAUGGCAUUAAAAUGAAAGAGAUUCGCCAAAGUAUAAACAAGAUGAUGAAAGAUAAAAUUACACAAGUGAGUUUCCGCAAACCUCACUGCUAA